GAGAGAGAGAGAGAGAGAGAGGGGUGUUGCCUCUUCUGAAACAAGCUCGGGCAUCACAGUGUGAGAGCAGCAGGGUGGGAACAGAGCAUCCCUAUCGUCCAUCCCUGUGGGACAACAAAGCAGUUUUUUUUUGCAUUAUUUAAAAUCCUUUUUUAAUAAUUCAAGCAGCGUCAGAUCGAGAUUUUGUAGACAUAUCCCGCACGUCGGCAGCAUCCAGACCUGGUGGUGAACAGCAGGGUUUAAGGAGGAAGCAGAACAGCCUCUUCAGCACCCUGGUCAGUGAUCAUGGCCCCGAUGGUGGAGGACGGAGCCCAGCCCGUGGCAGUGCCAGUAGGUGUUGCUGUGGUGAGUGUUUUCGGUCUCGUCUUCACUGCAUCAGCCUUUGCUUGGAUCUGUUGCCAGCGCAAAAACACCAAGUCCCAGAAGACACCUCCCUACAAGUUUGUGCACAUGCUCAAAGGGGUCGACAUCUACCCAGAAAGUCUCAGUGGAAAGAAAAAAUUUGCAGCACCUGCCACCCCAACGACGACCGACAGCAGCAAAACCGAUGUCAACGGAAACUGCCACACCGCACCCAUGAGUCCAUCUGGGGCCACAACGUUGGCCUCAAGUCCAAAUAGUUCGAGACCGGCUCUGCACCUGGAUCUGGAGAAACGUGAUCUUAAUGGCAACUUCACCACCAAGCCUUUUCAUCACCACCAGCAGAAGCUGCGGAGCUCCCCAGACCUGGAGCUGCCCUCUCCCCAUGCAGGGUUCACCCAGCCCGGUGUGAUGGACCGCUGUGACCUCCCAUCACCGUCCAGCACUCUCUCCAGCCAGGCGCCCACUCCAGCUGUUGACAGGCACCAAGGAGAAGAAAAGGAGAGUGGACUAGGGACCCUCCACUUCUCCCUUGAAUACCAGCCAGAGAGGAAAGCAUUUAUUGUUAAUAUCAAGGAAGCCCAUGGUCUCACUCCAACAGAUGAACAGUCACUUACUUCUGACCCUUACAUCAAGCUGACCCUCCUGCCAGAGAAAAAGCACCGGGUGAAGACAAGAGUGCUGCGCAAGACUCUGGACCCAACCUUCGAUGAGACCUUCAGCUUCUAUGGGAUCCCGCUGGCCCGCGUGUCUGAGUUGGCCCUACACUUCAUGGUCCUGAGUUUUGAUCGCUUCUCUCGUGACGAAGUCAUUGGAGAGACACUGGUACCUUUGUCUGGGAUCGACUUGUCAGAGGGACGUGUCCUAAUGAGCCGAGAGAUAAUUAAGAGGAACGUCAAGAAGUCCUCAGGCCGUGGGGAUUUACUGCUCUCCCUGUGUUACCAGUCCACCACCAAUACUUUGACUGUGGUUGUCCUCAAAGCUCGCCACCUGCCUAAGACUGAAAACAAUGGGCCCACAGAUCCAUACGUCAAGCUGAACAUGUAUCAUGGAAAGAAACGUAUAUGCAAGAAGAAGACCCACGUGAAGAAGUGCUCUCCCAACCCGGUCUUUAAUGAGCUCUUUGUCUUUGACCUGCCCUCUGAGGAGGGUCUGAGGGACACCAGUGUGGAGUUGCUGCUGAUGGACUCAGACAUGGGCAAUUCACGCUGCCCCAACACUGUUAUUGGGCGCCUGGUGCUGAGCACAUCAGCAGCGGGAACUCCUGGCGAGCACUGGAGGGAGAUCUGUGAUCAUCCACGUCGCCAGAUUGCCAAAUGGCAUACUAUGUCUGAGGAUUAGGAAAGCUGGGAUGUUUUCUGGACUCUGUCAUUCGUAUUCGACCUGGUCAACCAUGAAAAGGAUGGAAUGACAAAGGGCGGGAUCAGAUGUCCUGCUGGCCAGUACCCAUUGGACUUUAAAUGAGGAGGGGAGGGGGGAAACAGGGAUGGGAUUUUAGAUAUACUGGAGAAGAUCAUUCCAAGUGAUGUCAUCAUUCAGUCAAGUCAUUAAUGCACCUAUCUUUGAAGUUAUUGGGGUUCAUUUAGAGGUGGGGGAGGCAUGACGAUGAUAACCCCAUAGCUUUAAACAAACCCAAAGACUUUCACCAAGAAUCAUUUGGUAAUUUCGUCUACAUGACAACCAAUUGUCGCUGUAAAUGUGUGCAGUACAGAAUGUCUUAAAUGUUGCUAUUACUCUUCUUUUCUUCCUCUGCUCUUUCCUCUUCUUCUCUUUCUUCAGCUCUUCCUCCUAUAGAUAGUAACCUCCAGGCUAUCAUGUGAAAACGAGAAUGAACCUGUCAACACUGUAAAAAGUCUGGAUUAUUAAAGUUUAUUUUAUAAAGGCAAUGUUAUCCUCUUGAGGAUGUACAUUUUUUUAUGUUACGUUGAUUCGUACCUUUCUGGUUGGUUUGUUAAUCCUUGUUUUGUAAGUACAAGUGAUAUUUCAUUUCAUGACUCAAGUGAAAUAAAAGCCUAAAUUAGGUGGAUUGAGAACAGAUGGGAGCAGACAGAGUGCAUUGGCAAGAGUGUGGAUGCAUUUUUGUGUGUUUGUGUCUUUUGAGAGGAGCGUGCUUGUGCUGACACAGCUGUGGGAGCAUGAGGGUGUGAGCUGUGAGCCACAUAAUGUUUACUGUAGGUGUUUUGUCCCCAUUACUGUGAGCACAAAGACAGUUGACAUGUAAAUGUACCUUACUAUAAAAUAUGGCAAGUUCUGAGCAAAAAAA